AUGGCUACACAAACGCCACCCUCGCGACGCCAUCAGCCCUGUAUGCAAGUGGACAGCGCUGAAGAUGGUGAUGACGACGAUGAUGAUGAUGAUGACGAGAACGAUGACAACAAUAGCAAAGAUGAUGAAAAUGACAAUUUGAUUGACUCCGAUGCAGAUUGUGAGGCUGCUGGUGUUGGCGGCGAUGGCGGUUGUAAGCCCCAUGCUUCCACUUCGGACGGUGCUAAAGCUCAUGAUCGGCACGCUGAUCGGGCAGCCAAGUAUUCCUCCAUUUGA